AAAUAAAAAUGAGUGCUGAGUCACCUGGCAUUGUGAACUGUAUUCCAUUCUGCCUCACAUUUUUCUGUUCCCUCUAAUUCCCUUCAGCUAUUUCACUUUCGUGUCAUCCUUUAUCAUCAUCUUGGAAUUUCCAUUUUGGCUUCUCCAGCUGCCUCCAGGACUCCCUUUUAAAGGGGGCUGAAUCCAGCUGCUGCACACUGAGCUUCAUCAUCCAGAGCUUCUGCUCCUGCUGCGACAGCCCUCACCCGACGGAAAGAUGAAAGUCUCUGCAGCUGGAUUGGCUCUUCUCAUCAUUUCAAUCUCCUUCUUCCAAACUUUCUGUAGCCCAGCAGGACUCGACAUCCCAAUCUGCUGUUUGACAUACACACGGCACAAACUCCCGUGGAAGCUCAUCCAACGUCAUUACACCACCGGCAGCAGCUGUCCCCAGCCGGCCGUCGUGUUUGUCACAAAGGAAGGCCGCCAGGUAUGUGCCAAUCCCAAAACCAGCUGGGUCCGAAGCUACCUGCAAAUCUUGGAGCAGAACUAAGCCAAGCAGUAUGGCAAGAGUAGCUGCUGUCAUGGACAAGUCACGUUAUUCUUUGCUCCUGCCAUGGAGCAGAGCCCUGGGACAGCAGGAGCCACAGGAGCAUCUGCAGGUGUCCCCAAGGGACUGCUGGAAGGGCACCUUGUUUCGGGGCUGCUGCUCAUCCUUGGCUUGCACAGACCAGGCUUCAGCCUCAUCCCUCUGCCCCAACCCCAGACCCACAGGACUGCACCUUGGCUGUACUAUUUGAAGUUAUUUAAGAAAUCUUCAUAUGGGGCAGUCAGUCCUUUUUCCUUUUUUUCUGUGGAUAAUGAUAUUAUUUAUAGGACAGUGACAGGGAGGAUAUUUAUAGGAGGGUGACCCAGUGUUGGAUGACGGGGGACCCUGGUUUAUACAUGUCAACUCAUGAUUCUGGAGAAUAAAGGAU